GAGGAAAAGGUGGAAUUCGCAAGGCACGAAUUAUAGGGAUUGUGCAAUCUUAACUGUAAGAUUAUCACAAAGCAGAUAUGCUUUGAGGAAUGAUCUAGGAUAUUUUAAAUAUCCAUGUCCCGGAACCUACGUAAUGGUAAUUCUAAAGAAUAAGCAUUUCGAUUAUAAUUGUCCAGCGGAAUGUAAGGGAACCUAUACAUAGCCUCUGGCGCGGCAUCGUAAAAAUACGGCGAAGAAAGCUUUAUCUUUUUAAAGUUUUUCUUAGCCAGAUGGCGCGGCUUUUUCCUCCAGUACAAAGGAGUAUGUUGUAGGCGUUGGUGUUGGGAGCACGUGAAGGGCAGCGGUUGCAUUCCUUUGUUCGGGGCGGAUCGGAGUGAAGAACAAGACCAAGAGCUGAAUGAGGAUGAAUCAGCCGCAGGAUCAGCACGGAUGCUGCUUUUGUCACGUAUCCUGAUUCUUCCUGUCGCAAUCCACUGAAAGGGAGAGAAAACGGAACAUACGCACAGAGGUACAUUAUUAUGAAGCAAUCGCUUCAGGAUUGGCACACCUUUCCAGAACAUUUCAUCAGUGCAGUCAUAAACCAGUUCAAUAUUAUGAACAUAUCGAAUAACAUGGGGCGGUGAGACUGGUUGCCGGAGCUUUAAGGCGAUCUUUCAAGUGGGAUAGUAGUUUUUGCUUAAGUAUCAUCCCUCCCUUAUCCAACCAUUUCAUGGUCCCAGCCCUUAGUACAUGACAACUCCCAUGGUGUUUAUCGAUGGGAUUACAGUCUGAUCAACAAAAAUAUCCAUCAUCCUGAUCCGCAAGUACAAAAAUAAUUUUUGUAGCUUUAUUUGAAGCAAAACUAGCUGUGAAGAUCUCUAAGAUUAGGGUCUCCAAUUUCAUUGUUUCAUGAAUAGUGAAAAUGUAGUAAUAGAAACCUCUAAUGGAAGCAAAACUUUCAUCGAUAAAUACAAUUGAAAAUAGUUAAAAAACAUUCUGCCCAGUCAGAAACUUGCAAAGAACAAAGCAGGUAUAAUGGCAGCUCAAAGACCAACACUUCAGAAUGAACCAGCUUUGAUUAGAUCUUGCAUUUCUGGAGAACAAAUGGUGGUGUUAGCUCCUGCUUUAGAAAAUAUGGCAGAAUCUCUUUGUGCAGACGACAGCAUCCUAAGUGAUGACCUGAGCACUGGCUCUCUCAAACAGAAAUCUUCAAGCUGCCGAAGAAAACGAGAAUUCAUACCCGAUGAGAAAAAAGAUGCAUUAUACUGGGAAAAGAGAAGAAAAAAUAAUGAAGCAGCCAAAAGGUCUCGUGAGAAACGACGUUUGAAUGAUAUGGUUUUAGAGAACAAGCUGAUGGCUUUAGGUGAAGAAAAUGCACGACUGAAAGCAGAGCUUCUUGCUCUGAAACUAAAAUUUGGAUUAAUCACUGCAGCAUUUUAUACACAGGAGAUACAAAACCUUGGAAAUGCUUCAGGGCCAUGCUUUCAAGACUAUAAACCUUCCAGUAUAAAUUUAAGUUCUUUUGCUCCUGAUCAUGAGCGUGGUUUUCUUGGAAAUGGAUGUAUUUCAGUCAUUAAACAUUCACCACCAAAUUCAUUGUCAGAUGUUUCAGAAAUAUCUUCAAAUGCCAGAGAAAGUCCUCUUCUUCAAGUAGCAUGUAAAAGCCCAAAUGGCACCUUUAAGGUUAUAAAACAGGAGCCUCUGGAGUUCAAAGUAGAUUCUGAAACUUGUUUGCGAGAACCCAGAGAGGGUAAUGGUUCUUAUGUGUCAACCAUGUAUAGAAACUGUAUUGGGAGUACCUUCAGCAGGAACUAUUCACAUUCACCAACUUCUAUACAGAUUGCUAGGUCAUCAAGUAAUUCGCCAAGAACGUCAGAAGCUGAUGACAGUACAUUAGGAAAACCUACAUCUGAAGAAGAUGGUGAAGAUGAACAGCAAGUGCCUAAAGGCCCAAUCUCCUCUCCUGUGGAAUCCAAAAUUGUGCACAGUGCCAUAGUUAAGGUUCCUGAAUCAAACUCCUCUGCACUGCCUCACAAACUUCGUAUCAAGGCUAAAGCAAUCCAGAUUAAAGUAGAGAAUGUUGAAGCAUAUUAUGAAACACCAGAGAAACAGCCAGAAUCUGCCAAUAACAUUUCUGCUAAAAUAUCUUACCCAUUGAACAGAACAGAAAUGUUUAAAUGCAGUGCUUCAAAUGCAGUCCAUCCUUCUUUAGCUCCCUUGUCUAUUCAAGUAGCAAGCAUCAAUGAUUGGUCUCACAAACCAGAAUUUUGGCAUCAGAAAGGAAGUGACGAGAAAUUGGAAGGGGCUUAUAAAAAUGUUCAUCAGUCAUGUUCCCCUGCACUGGCAAACCAAUCACUUGCUGCUGGGAAAGACGGUACCUUCAUUCAUCAAGGAGUACAAUUGGAAUCAGAAAACUUGUACUUAAAACAAGGCAUUGCAAAUUUAAGUGCAGAAGUAGCCUCACUGAAAAAACUCAUAGAAAAGCAGCAGGUUGCUGCUUCAGACUCUGGCAAAAGCACUACUGAAAAAAGAUUUGUCAAUUGAGAUUGCAAAUGAAGUAGAGUAGUUAAUUUUAUAUUAUGCUAAAUUUUCACUGGAACAAUUUUUGUCUUUUCACUGUAGUCAAGUUGUAAUUCCUUGCAAAUGCUCACAUUGUUUGAACUGUAUACUUUGAACAUUGACUUUUGUGGACCCUGUGAUACACAGGUUGUACUGUACAAUGAGAGCAUUCAUUUCUAUACUUGCAAUUACUUGAUACAAAGCUAUGGAUGACUCUUUCAUCCUUAUGUUUUGUUCAACAUCCAAAAUUGAAAUAUCAUGUACAUCAAAUUAAACAGUUGA